UCUUUUAAUCCACGCUACUAUCCACUGUUUACAUUCGUUACGCCGUUGACCGGCCGCCGCUCGCUACUGUUACGACUUUUCUUCCAUCGUUUACUUUUCUGUUAUCAUGUCUUUCGAUACCUCUCCUAACGAUGUCUUCAAGCGCUGCGUUAAAUGUGAAAGCGCAGCCCCGUCAUGUCCCGCCUGCGAUGAAGGGUACACAUGUACCAUGAUCAGUCAGUCCUGCGACCAAUGCGCUACCACCAAAUGUAUCCAAACCUCCUCCGGCAGCUCGUCCUCAUCCGGCAACAGUGGCUCGUCAGGCGGUAGCAAUGCCGGCGCUAUCGCUGGUGGUGUUAUCGGUGGUCUUGCUUUCGUUACAAUCGUCGUCGGUUUGAUCUGGUGGUUCUACAUGCGCAAGAAGAAGAACAGCAACGAGUACAGCUUGGGUGGAUCCAGCGUACAGGAGAAACGCGGCGCCAACGCCCAAGGAUCCAGAAAAUCCACCAACUCCAUCGCUUCCACCGUCCUGACCCGCGCCUCGAAUGUUAUUCAGAUCGCCUACAUCCCUGGUGUGACCAACCGGUCCCCACCUGACACCCCCUCGCUCGUGCCACCCGUUCCUCCGCUCCCCGGUGCGGCCCCCGAUCAACACUUCUUCAUGCCAGGCGAUUUGCGUGACUCGUCGUUCACUGAAAUGUCCAACGAUCGCCGUAGUGGCGCCCCGAGUGUCUCCCCUAGCUUGCGCAGCAGUGUGGCUACCACCAUCUACCGUAACAACGCCAUCGUCAGCCCGAUGCCCGCCCAACAAGUCAUGCGCACCCGUGCCGCCGUCGUCAGCAUCCACGGAAACCAACCUACGGAGACGGCUACCAUUACCCCUCCUGAUGCGCCAGCUGUGCCUGCCAUUACGCCGGCACAGCUUGCCAAGGCAGGUGUCACGAAUGCAAACAACAGCGGCGACAACAACAGUUCCAUCGUGGCACGGCCAAUGAUGGCUAAACCUGUCAUGGUGAAGACCGUGGGCGGAAAGAAGAACAACGAUGCUACUCCAGCGGUCCAGGCCAUCGAGGAGCAAUCUGAACCCAGCUCGAGUGCGCCAGUUUCCCGCUCCGCCAGCACCAAGCAACAAGCCGACCCUGCCGCUUCUGGCUUUGACGACAGCUCCGAUGAGGAAGACGAACCUUCUGGCAAGGGUGUCAAGGCCAAAGCCUCUGAACAACCACCAACAGUGGCUGAAGCUUCAGAAGAGCACGGUCCGUUUACUGACCGUGCGUCGACUCUCCUAGAGACCCACCACGGGCCUGGGUCAAAUCGGAGCAGCAGAACACCACCUGCACGAGUUGAGAGUCCAUUUUCCGACGCGAAUGAAGUGCGAUAAGUCGGACUGUAUCGUUGAUUUUCGUUUUCUUUUCAUAUCUUCUCUCCUUUUCUUCCUGCAUAUACCCUGAUUUUGAUUUUCGUACACGUGUUUGUCUCUACUGGACCGAUGAAUGGCGCAAAAAAGAAAUCCUUGAAGUUUCUCUUCUUACCUGAUUUAUAUUGAUCUCUUUCUGAUUUACGACCCCUUUUUUUCUCCCUUUUUAUUCCCCGA